UUUGGCCUGUUUUUCAAUUUUAUUUUCUUCCACUCUACAAAUUAUUUUUUUAUGUUCCGCCCUUGGCCACAAAAUGUUUUUUGUUUGUCUUUAAUCCGCUUCUUUUUUUGUUUUUUUUUGUUAAAAUUUUUAUUUGCCGUUUUGCGGAUAAAAAGGAAAACAACCAAAAGAACAAGGAAAAGUGACCACAACAAGAACAACAAUGAGAAAAGAGAAAAUAAAAAAAUUGGGGAGGAAAAAAAUUUUUUUGAUAAAAGAAUUGAAAAAAGAACAAUUAUUAAUAUUUUUUGUUUUUUUUUACUUUAUAUUUUUUGUUUAUCAAAAAUACGUAGAAAAUACCCAAGUGUAAUGUGA